AUGGAGACUAGUACCUGCAAUGUGAUGCUCCCCCUUGUUUCCUGCUUCCGUUUGCUGCAGCUCUGGCCAUUCCUACUUCUGGCCUCAGCAGUUCCAUCACACAGCGCCUGGUCUCUUCGUACCCGGGGUCUCCUGGCAGCACGGCCUCUCUGCAGCCACCGCAGCCCCUCCGCCGCCAGAUCCGUUUGCGUCUGGAACAAGAAUCUACCCCCAGAAAAAGGAUCCCACUCCACCUCACCGCGCCAGCCGUCCCUCAUUCCCAAGGGAGCUGGCCUGCGCAGUGCAGCGCGACUGAGGCGCCAGGCCCAGGGCGCCCGGCCGGCCACCCCGUCUGGCUUCGAAGAUGGCCUCUCCUCCUCGCAGUACCCCUGGGCUAUAGUCUGGGGCCCUACCAUAUCCGUUGAGGAUGGAGGCGAUGGCAACUCAGCCAACCCGGGUUUCCCGCCUCUGGGCUAUACCUUUGUCUCAUCAAGCGGCAUGGCAACGGCGCAGCCUAACUCCCACUCGCUGCUGCACAACGAAGGGCUCAACCUGCGCCAGACCCCGGCCACGCUACGGCCCUUCCUCUUUGGGCCUCGAGGAGAAGGUGUAGACCCUCAGCUAUAUGUUACCAUUACGAUCUCUGUCAUUAUUGUCCUAGUUGCUAUGGGGAUAAUACUAAAAUUCUGCUGGGACCGGAACCAGAAGCGCCGUCACCACUCCAGCCAGCAAAGUGGAUUGCAGCAGCAGGGUAGUCAGCAGCCCUUAACGGACCUGUCACCUGCCACUGUCAGCAUCCUGGGGCCCUAUGGUGAUUCACAGGUUCCCACACCAGAGAUGGUGGAAACUGGACAGGUACUGGAAGGCAUGGAGAAGCUAGAGGGGUCAGGGAAGACCAGUGCUUUCCAGCUUAACAGGAUCCCGCUGGUGAAUCUGUGA